CUCCAAGCUUCCACAAGGGAGGAAGGAACAGCCAAAACUCGGAGCGCACGCCACCACCGUCUUCUACACCCCGAUUCGCGGCGGCCCGCCCCCUCCCCCGCCGCCCUUCCCCUGCCUCGGCCUCCCGGAGAUGUCGCCGGCGGCGGCGUCGAAGCGGCAGGCGGAGCUGCUCAAGCAGGAGGGCAACGCCUUCUUCAAGAAGGACCGCAUCAGCGCCGCCAUCGACGCCUACACCGGGGCCAUAACUCUCUGCCCAAAUGUUGCGGUAUAUUGGACCAACCGAGCACUUUGCUAUAAGAGGCGGAAUGAGUGGCUUAAGGUUGAAGAAAACUGUCGAAUGGCUAUUCGACUUGACAGCCAUUCUGUUAAGGCACAUUACAUGCUCGGGCUUGCACUUCUCAACAGGGACGAAUUGACUGAGGGAAUAAAAGAACUAGAGAAGUCUUUAGAGCUUGGAAGGGGUGCACAUCCUGCAAGUUACAUGGUUGAAGAGAUCUGGCAGGAGCUUUCUAAAGCUAAAUACAUAGAAUGGGAAAGCUUAUCAAGAGAACGAGUCUGUCAAUUGCAUAUGCUGAAGGAAGCAUGUAAACAAGCUCUUAGGAACUAUAACAGCCUUGACAAUCCAGCUGCAUAUGCCCCUGAAGAACAAUUAAAUGAGCUCGAGGAGGUUUUUCAGAAAGCCGCGAAGUCUGAUAUUCCAGCAGAGGUUCCUGACCAUCUCUGCUGCAAAAUUACACUUGAUAUUUUCCGAGACCCGGUGAUUACGCCAAGUGGAAUCACGUAUGAGAGGGCUGUGCUUCUUGACCAUCUUCAUAGGGUGGGGAAGUUCGACCCUGUGACCCGUGAAGCACUUGAACCGCAUCAACUAAUUCCUAACCUUGCCAUCAAGGAAGCUGUCCAUGCGUUUUUGAGUGAACAUGGUUGGGCUUACAGGAUGAGAUGAUGGCUUUGAAUUACAGAUGUACACCUGGGAUUUGCAGGCAAGAUUUGCAAUACAUAUUUUGGUUAGUCAACUUAAAUGUGCCAUUUUUUUUACACUUUUAUUGGUGGAAAAGGGUUUACCUGGGAUGGCUGUGUACAGAUUCCCCUUCUCUAGCUCUCUCUCCUCUGUACUAUGUGCAUAUUAUGGUUGGUAUAUUAUUAUCAACAGUGAAAGAAAAUUAAAGUUAACUGUCAUGGUAUUUCUGUUGUACUCGACACAAAAGUAAGU